CCCCGCUCAUAUGAACGAUUCGUUCACGUGUUGGACAGCGGUAGUCAACACACGAGUGCGCACGUGCGUUCUUCCACAGCCGCAGGUUACUUGUUUUUGCAGCAAAACAAACAAAUAGACAGACAGACAGACAGAAAAAGAAACGCAGUAAUGCCGCCGCGUAAGCGAGGAGGGGCGAAAGCUGCCGGGAACAGCCGAAAGAGGAAAGGCGAGGAGACUCCGGAGGCUCAACCGGACACGGAGAGCCGUCAGGAGGAGCCAGAGCGAGAGGACAGGACCCCGGUAACGGGAGAGGAGAGCACGCUAAGGGUGGAUCAGAUGACCGUAACGGGAGCGCUGAACUCGGACCACAGCGGGGAGAAAGAAAACCAAAAAAACACGACGGACACAGAUCCUGGUCAACGCAGCGUGGGCGCAGCGCAUGCGCAGACGUGCGCGCGAGCAGAUCGGACUGUACCACUGGGCAAACCGAGGUCUGGCCGAGUGUGGAAAGACCGAAACAAGCAGAGGUUCUCUGCCCUUUUGAGAGAUAAGCCUCUGCGCAGCUCCUGGCAAAAGAAGAUGGAGGCUAAGAGGGAGAAGGAACUGGUGAAGCAGUAUCACCAGCAGCUUAAAGAUCAGAAGGCCAGAGAGAAACAGGAGAAAAGGAAGAGAACAGAGGAGAAUCUCAAGAGGCGUGAAGAAAACCAGAGGAAAGCAGAGAUCGUUCAAGUGAUUCGCAACACGGCAAAGCUCAAGAGGAUGAAGAAGAAGCAGCUGAGGAAGAUCGAGAAGAGGGACACACUCUCAGUGCUGCAGAAGACUCCGCCAGCUGUAAAGAAAGCAGGCAAAGGAGAGUAGGAUGUGAAUAGAGCACACGCUUGCCGAAGCCAUUUCUGUUUUUGAGCUGGUUAAUGGAGGCAACUACUUAUCCAUGAUGCUGCAGAGCAGUUGUACAGUUAAACUCAUCAUGUAGUUAUGUACAUUUUGUGUAUCAUAUCUCUGUAAACUGCAUAUUUCCAAAAUGGUGUGUAAUUAUACCUUUAUUUUAGUUUGUGUUUUGUACAGGGGUUCAGCUUCCUAAAAUGAGGGGGGGAAAAAACUCGCUGUACUAACAUACCUGCUCUGAGGCCACAGAAAGCUAAGCAAAUGAGAUUUAACUGUUGACACAGUAGGGCAGGUUGUCCUCCUUUUAAGCCAGGUUGGUGACCUUGAAGCUGUAAGUAUGUAUACACUGUGUCCUUAGUCAUCAAUGUCUAAUGAGAUAUAGGUAGAGGGAUAUCAGGCCAAAGUUAAUGCAGGACAAACAAAACAGUGUAAUAUUGAUUUUUUUGCCUGACUUUUUCAAUAGGAUCAUCUGUUGUUGAGUGUAUUUAGACAUUUGACAUUUUCCAAAAUAAAUUUCUUUAUAAAACACCGA